AUGUCCCCGCUAACGCCCUGGUGGAAAAACGCCACAAUUUAUCAAAUAUACCCUGCCAGUUACAAGGAUUCCAAUGGCGAUGGGAUUGGUGAUUUGCCCGGGAUUCUCGGUCAGCUGGACUACAUCCAGUCAUUGGGUGUCGAUGCAAUCUGGAUAUGCCCUAUGUACAAGUCCCCUCAAAUCGACAUGGGGUAUGACGUGGCGGAUUACGAAGAUGUACAUGGCCCAUAUGGGACAGUCGCCGACGUGGAGGCGAUUAUUGCAGCCUGCCACGAGCGGGGAUUGCGUAUCUUACUCGAUCUCGUGAUUAAUCAUACAUCCGACCAGCAUGCUUGGUUCAAGGAGUCGAGAUCUGACAAGGCCAGUGCUAAGCGUGAUUGGUAUAUCUGGCGACCUGCUAAAUAUGAUGCUAAUGGUGUGCGACGACCGCCUAAUAACUGGCGCAGCAUAUUCGGUGGAAGUGCGUGGGAGUGGGAUGAGGUAUCCGAGGAGUAUUAUUUGCAUUUGUUCGCUGUCGAGCAGCCAGAUCUUAACUGGGAGAAUGCCGAGACGAGAGCAGCUGUUUUUGAGUCAGCGAUGGAGUUUUGGUUGCGAAAGGGAAUAGAUGGGUUCCGGGUUGACACAGUGAACAUGUACAGCAAGGAUCAAUCUUAUCGCGAUGCGCCUAUUAUCGAUCCUAAUCAUGAGCAUCAACUGGACGCCUCACUUUUCUGCAAUGGGCCCCGGAUCCACGAGUUCCUGCGCGAGAUGGGCGACAUCUUGCUCAAGUACAACGCCGUCACAGUCGGAGAACUCCCUUCCACCCCGGAAGUCGCCGAUGUCCUAACGUACGUCUCAGAAAAAGAACAGCAGCUGAGUAUGGUCUUCCAAUUUGAUAUUGUCGAUGUGGGCAGGGGCAAAGACUUUACAUUUCAGACAACACCGCGAAACUGGACACUUCCCGAGCUACGCGCGAGUGUCAAGCGUACACAGGCACUCAUGGAUGGCACGACAGACGGGUGGAGCACGACAUUCCUGGAGAACCACGACCAAGCCCGUUCAAUUUCGCGAUGGGGUAGCGAAGAGACCCCAGAGUUAUGGGCUACUAGCGCAAAGAUGCUCGCUAUGCUCGCUGCUAGCCUCUCAGGAACACUUUACAUCUACCAAGGCCAGGAAAUCGGCAUGGUCAAUGCACCUCUAGAGUGGGAUAUGUCUGAAUACAAAGAUCUGGACAGUCUUAACUAUUACAAUUAUGUGAAGAAGAUAUCUGGGAAUGAUCCCGUUGCAUUAGAAGCGACGAAGGUUGCUAUCGCUCAUCUCGCGCGUGACCAUGCCCGACUACCCAUGCAAUGGGAUGGCACGCCCAAUGCCGGAUUCUCCAGCGAGGGAGCUAAGACUUGGAUGCGCGUGCAUGAUAAUUAUCCAGAAUUGAAUGUAGCGCGGCAGAGCUCGGAUCCAAAUUCUGUGCUUUCAUUCUGGAAGGCUCUGCUGCGUGUGCGUCGUGCCAAUCCGACAGUUUUUGCGCAAGGGGUCUUUGAGGAUACCGAUCCAUCUCACGGUGCUGUUUUCGUUUUUGAAAAGCACUCAGAUAGCGAGAAACUGGUGGUGGCUUUGAACUUCUCUAGUGAGAAACAGUCGGUUGAUCUGGCUGGGCGACUUGGUAAUGCGAAUCGAAAGGUUCUGGCUAAGAACUAUGAGGAGGAUGUGCUGGAUUCAUUACAGCCUUAUGAAGGUCGUAUUUACCUCGUGGGAAAAUAA